UCAUUACAGGUGAAACACAGUGUAGACAGCAUGGCCGAUGAACCUCCAGUGAAGAAAAAUAAAGCGGGUGAGGAGAAAGUAGACUGGCGUAAAUGGAAAGCACGAAAAAAAGAGGAGAAGAGACGACGGAAAGAGAGCCGACUGAUUCAGCAGCUAGAGAAACAGAAACAGAAGAAAGAGGAGGAGAAUGAACAAAAGAUUCAGCAGGAACAAAAAGGAAGUAAAGGUCGUGCGUACACAUUGAGUGUGGCUCUGCCUGGAUCAGUGAUGGAUAAUGCGCAGUCACCAGAGCUGCGUACGUACCUGGCAGGUCAGAUCGCUCGGGCAUGUGUCGUGUUCUGUGUGGAUGAGGUCGUCAUAUUUGAUGAGCAGGGAGAGGACACAAAGAGUGUUGAGGGAGUGUUCAAAGGUGUUGGUAAGAAAGGUCAGGCCUGCGUUCAGCUCGCACGGAUCUUGCAGUACCUCGAAUGUCCACAAUAUUUGCGCAAAUAUUUCUUCCCGAAGCAUUAUGACCUGCACUUUGCUGGUCUGUUGAAUCCUCUGGACAGCCCUCACCACAUGCGCAUUAAUGAUGAGGCGGAGUUUCGUGAGGGGGUGGUACUUGAUCGGCCGAGCAAACAGGGGAAAGGUUCAUUUGUAAACUGUGGGAUGACGAAGGAAGUUCAGAUUGAUAAACACCUACAAGCUGGACUGAGAGUCACUGUACAGCUCAACAAGAUCCAAAACAAAGAGAGUAAAGUGCGUAAAGGUGCAGUUGUGGCUCCUCAUGUCCCGAGGACAGAGGGGGGGCUGUACUGGGGAUACAGCGUGCGUCUGGCUUCCUGUCUUAGCGCAGUGUUCACAGAGUGUCCAUAUAAAGAGGGUUAUGACCUGACCGUUGGUACAUCAGAGAAAGGACAAAACGCAGAUCAGAUCUCUCUGUCUCCAUUCAAGCACAUGUUGGUGGUGUUUGGUGGUGUUCAGGGUUCGGAGGCGAGUGUUGACGCAGAUGAAAAUCUGGAUGUCACGGACCCCAGCCUGCUCUUUCACCUUUACCUCAACACCUGUCCAGGGCAGGGCAGUCGCACCAUUCGCACUGAGGAAGCCAUAUUGAUCUCUCUGUCAGGACUGAGGCAAAAAAUCGCUGCAGUAUUCCCUGAAGUGUCUAAAGGAUGACUACAGGUAGUAGAUUUACCCUGCGACUCUUUGGAACAGGAAGUUUGUUUUCUGCGGUUUGACAGUCAGCAACAGAUUGGCUUAAGCGAGGAAGUGAAGUCUUCAGGUUUAUACUCAAGCGUAUACUCGUAAUGCAGCCACACAUUGUUUUUGAGUUAACAAACUUAAAGAGGAAAAAUGCUUUGAGCUCUUUAUCAAUGCACAUUUGUUUCGUAUCAUUUUGUAUUUCAAUUUCUAUUAAAAAUCUGUCUGUAUUCAAUGAACUGCCAUGAAUAUUGUUUCGAACAGUAAACAAACGAAUCAUGAACCCCAAACUUCUGUUUUCAAACUUGUACAUUUAUUUAUUUAACACAGGCAUGUAAAGAACAUUCAUAAUGAGAGACGAGCACAGCAAAACAGUCAUCAUACUGUCAUAUUACUGCAGUCAGAGUAAUAAUUAUGAUAAUAGUACAUUCCUCAUACUGGUUUCACACUUAAAGGAAGAGUUCACCUAAAAAUUAAAAUUCUCUCAUAAUUUACUCGCCCUCAUGCCAUCCCAGAUGUGUAUGACUUUCUUCUGCAGAACACAAAUGAAGAUUUUUAGAGCUGUUACUUAGCUCUGUUGGUGAAUGGUGACCAGAACUUUGAAGCUCCAAAAAGCAUAUAAAGGCAGCAUAAAAGUAAUCCAUUAGACUCCAGUGGUUAAAGCCAUAUCUUCAGAAGUGAUGUGAUAGUUGUGAGAAACAGAUCAAUAUUUAAGUCCUUUUUUACUGUAAAUCUACACUUUCACUUC